AAUGACGUUCAUAACAAACUUAUAACAAAGUGUUGUGUUUAUGAAUAGUUUUCCUAAAAAUACAAGGAGUUUAAAGAUAACUGCAUAAGAAUUCAAGUGAAUAUUGCGUGUAAAUAUGAUUAUGUAUUUCAUUACAAGAGAUUCAAGGAGAUUCGAAGCUUAAGAAUUGGAAAUAGAACAUGUCGGACGUCGGCCAUUUAAGAAUGGGUCACGUGAUUUUUCUAGAAUAUUUCUGAAUUUCUUCUAUCAAAGUAGGAUUUAAUGGGCCCAAUUUAACUAUUAAUAAUAAUGGAGGAGGUAUCAAAAGUUUUUCGUUCAGGUAUUAUAAGGCAGAACAAGACGUUAAAUAAUAAUUUAUAUGACCUCUUAAAAGUGAAACCAGCAAAACCGUUACCCAAAGAUGAUUCUGAUACGCCAACCUCAUGUAACUUUAUUCCAAAAACUGAUAAAUACUACGUACCAAAGAAAAAAAGUAAAUUAAAAGUAAAAACCGUUCGAAACAUAAGAGAAGUAAUGGAAAAAGCCGUGUACGCAGUGGUGAAUUCAGAAAUGGAGAGGCACAAAAGUAUUUUAUUACGUAAAAUAAGAAUCGGUUCAUCGAGAGAAGAAGCUACGAAAAAAUUGGCCAAAAAUAUUCUUCGUAGCAGCUCUCCUAUAUGUAAAGAUGUUUGGCAAAUGAUAACUAAUUUAAACCCAGAAGGCCAUUCACAUUCAGCGCAAUAUGUUCUUUGGAAUCACAAAUCUAUUCAAAUAAAUGGCAGCAAAGGCGGCAAAAACAAAUUUAUCUGCAGUUUUGAUAUUGGCAAAGAUAGUAUCAAAAAUUUAAAUGAGUCCUUCGUGAAAUCACCUAGCAUCUCUCACAGAAAGAAAAUUCUCAGCAAUUCCUUACAUGUCAAAUUUAAACCCGGCCCGCUUUCAAAGAAAAAGUUUCUAGAUUCCUCAUAUCAAAAGUAUCAAUAUGGCGAUUCUACCAUAGUUAGGUUACCUACACCAGGUUUAGAUGUCAAAUCCUCGUAUGGAACACAACUAAGCCCGCCAAUGAUUAAUUUUCUAAGUGAGAAUUUUAUGCGAAAUGCUGAUGGACAAAUAACAGAAAAAUGGGCAGAGUUUUCACUGUCUACACUCGGCGUGAAUAAAAAGGGUGGUGCACAACAGUCUGCAAUAGGUGCCAGUGUAUCAUUUGAUUUAGAAUACAAAUGUAACCAAAACCGGAUCCUAAUGCGUGAUGGGACUAGUUACAAAAAAAUGGAAACAAUAUCGUUUGAGGAUGAGAAAUCAUUGUCACCCGAGGGUGAAAUAAAUAUUAUAUUAAAUAAAAUAUUAGAUUAUGUAGAAAUAAAACUCGAGGUAGAAAAACUGUAUACCAAGGAAGAAUGUACUUUAGCUGAUUUGGGUGGAAAGGCAGAUUUAAUAACAAAAGAUAAAAUUAAAAGAAAAUUUUGUGAGCUAGAUCGUCUGGAUGUUACAGUUAUUAAAUUAUCGACUGCAGAGACAGAAAAUUCUAAAUGCGCAAAAGAUUGUUGCUCAUUAGGUUGUAUUUGUAAUUCUUUAGAAUGUUCGUAUAACUUAAAAACACAUUGUGGCCGCGUCGAUUGUAUGUUUGUAUGCAAGUGCAUCAAUUCUAAACGAUGGUAUUCGCCUCCUACACAUGGUUUACAGAUGUUUUCUGGUCUUGAAGACAUAAAUAAAAAGCUAAAUUCAAGACUGGCAAAAGAAGAACAAAAAUUUCGACAAACUGUCAUCUUAUCCGGCGAAAAAAGUAUUAUGUUAAAGCAACAACGCAGAAAUUGGAAAUCUUCUAAACGAUAUGCAGAAUUUUAUAGUAACAUGUGUCUUAAAUCUGAGAUGGAAUUAAAAAAGGAAUUAUUUGUACUAAUACCUAAAUUAACGUUUGAUAAUUGUGAACCUUGGUGUAUGGUUCACAAUUUGUAUAAAUGUUUUUGUAAAGGAAAAUUCACUGAACUAAAAUCAACUAACCUCGAACAAGGUGAAACUUCUAAUCAGGUUGUGGACGUUUGUCCACCAACCGAUAAUCAGUUAAUUGAAAGGCCCACGAAUGAACCGCGAAGAACUAGAUCAAGCCUCCAUAUAAACGAGAGUAACACUGAUAUUUCUGUCACAAAAAACAUUGUGUCUACUGAAAAUGAAAGAUUCGAUCGAUGUACCAGGGUAAUCCCGUAUGGCGGCAGAAAGUAUACUAAAGAAUAUUACUUGGAGACAAAUAAAAAAAUUAUUGAAAUGGAAAAAAAUGAUCACAGACUUCUGAAAAAAAUGGAAAGUUUAAUGAACAAAGACAUGGAAAGUGAGCACCCAAAACCACCCCAAACACAAGUUCCACUUAUAACGGCCGACGUAAAGGUUGUUAAUGAAACUGAGUGUGUUCCUAAACUUUCUAAAGAAUUUUUCGAUCAACUACCUUAUAACCCAAAAAUUGUGGCCUGGAUCAUUGCAUGUUACAAACACUGCAAAAAGUGUAAAGCUCAGGGAAAAAUAGAAAAAUUUCUUAUGCCUCCACGCUAUAUGAGAAUUGGAUUUUAUACUUGGGAGUUCAUACUUUCUAGAUAUCGUGAGACAAAAAACUUUUUUUUAGUUACGCCAGAUAAACCUCACAAAAUAUUUGUAGCGAUAAACCAAAAGCACCCUAAGCUUCAAUCGUAUAUUAACAUAAAAAAUUUAAGCCUGGAUGACGUCGAAAAUUAUCCUAACGAGGUUCAAAAUCUUCGGACAAAUGCAAUUGUCAAAGAAGACACGUUUUGGAUAUUGCGUGGUUUAUCGUACUGCUGGGAGUUAUAUGGCGUUAUUAAGAAAAAAAUCAGUGACGACAUAGAAGAUGAAGACAUUGUUUGUUCCUUAAAGUGUGAUGAACAAGAGCCAUUAGAUCUUGGUAAGGGACCAUUAAGUAUAUGUUAUGGAUUUUCCGAUGACGAGACGGAAGAAAGUAAUUCUAAUAAUAUUUGCAUAGACGUUGAAAAGAACGACUCGCAAAUAAUAGCAAGGUACCAUGACGAUACAGUUACCGAUGUGGAAGAAGUUCGAUUAUUAGAGAACGACGAGUACAAAUUAAACGAAUCUAAAAUAAAUGAAAACAUAGACUCUAUGACUAAAUGGUAUUUGAUGACUGUGGAAAACGAUUUUAAUGAACUUCAUUUUUUCAAAAAAGGCUUCUUUGUACAGUAUGAACAUGUAGUGCAAGCAAUAAACGUGUCGCAAACAUCUAAAAAAACCGUAAAAUUGUAUUGUCAGAAACGAAACUCAAAUGUCGAGGAUUUGAUACAUUUUGGAAUCUAUGCCAUUCCUAAUGAUAAUCGCAACGUCGUUGUUGGACCUUACGAGCUUGAUGAACCUCUAGGUAUUGAAAUCGUUAAGAAAUCUGAACCAGAAAGUAACGUCAAACAAACGAGAGGCUUAUGUAUUACCAUUAAUAAAAAUUAUAUCAAUAAAAUGAUAGAUGAUCCGUUAUCAUUCAUUCCACCAAAUAUUCAUACUAGACCUAUGUUUCCACUACAAAAUGAAGUAUCAAACGAUACUGAAAAUAAUACCAUGCCAUCUACCUCGGAUGACAAAACUUCAAACAAAUCCUGUGAAGAGGAAAAAAAGGAUAUAACUAUUCCAGAAACCCAAAUAAAAGCCCCUAAGGUCACCAAACCCAUUAAACCUAUAAAAAUUCGGAAAUCGGAUGGAUUUUACUGUGUCUAUCCAAAGUUUAUAAAUUCUUCAAAUAAUCCUGGAUUAGCAAUUAUACCAAAAGCGUGUCUUUCAAACUCGCAUCCAAUCCAACAGUUUGGGGCAGGAGCUCCAGGUGCUCCAGGAGCAGUUUCUAUACGUUCUCAAUCUCAAAAUUCAAAGCCUGUUGCUGAAAUUGCUCCCCAAAUUAAAACUGGCGAGAGCACCACGAAGAAGUUUGAAGGUAUGAGUAUUUUAAAACCGGAAGAGAUUAAUAAACGUGUUUUGGAAAAAAUGCCUUACCCAAGUAUUGAACUGGGCAAUUUGUAUGACAAUCUGGAUAAAGACAUAGAAAAUUUCUUGGCAACUGCAUCCGUAUGUACCCUUCCUGAUGAAGAAGUGUACAUCAUAUCAGACGAUGAAACGAUUGACGAAGUUAAGGAUGUAUGGAUUAAAUCAAAAAAUAUUCCGUCCCUCGGUUGUAUACCCGCUAAGAUUAACAGCGAUGGUCAUAUAAGUUUCCAAUUCCCUGGAUUUAAAUACACAGACUUUUAUCCUAAAGAAGAAGCUUAUCGUAAAAUAAAUCUAGUACUAUCAAGAAAAGUGUACGUUGUUAAACAACUGAAAAUUGAAUGGGAAAUUGUAGAAAACAUUGAAGGUACCACAAAUAAAUUAGAAAAAGGCGAUUUGGAUGCGGACUUGGUAUUGACAAAGCAUGGUUUCAAGAAACGUGCUGACAUGAUAAAGAAAAUUCAGUACCCAUUUGGUAGGAAAAUUAUUAAAAAAAAGAAAGCAAAGCUAGAAGCUAUUCCUCCCACCGAUUAUUUGGAGAAGACAAAAAGAUUGGUUUCUAAGAAAGAAGAUAUAAUGCUGACUCUGUCUAAAGCAGACGAUAAAGAGAGACAAGACAUGGCUGACAGGUUGAGUUUGAUUCUAUCUAAAUCAGAAACACACUAAAUAAUUAUUUAUGUUCUAAUAGCAAUGAAGUUAGUAGUUCAAAAGUUUUAAAUUUUUUGACUUCCUGAGGAACUGUCUGGUUAAUACUUUUUUAUUCAAUUCAAUUCUAUUAAUUUUUAUUCAAUUCAAAGUAAACUAAAAGUAAUUUAAUUAAUAAAUAUUUUAAAUGUAUUGUUUGGUAUAUGUUUCUAGUUGUUAGCUUGAGCAGUAUUGAUCUAGUAGUAGAAUGCGAAUCGCUGAGAUCGUAGGAUCGAUCUCGAUCUGUGAACCAAUCGAUUUUAUUUAGUUAACAUUGGCUCGAACGGGCACGAAACAUUACGGCUUGCCUUUCCAAAAAGCGCCACUGAGAUGUCAGGGGCACAGACAGACAGACAAAUAAUCAUGAAACGGAUACUGAAACAGGCCCAGACCUCGGUUGUAACGCCAGUCAUAUAUUUUUAGUUAAUAUGUUUUUUUUGUACAAUCAAUGCGAUGUUGCUGUUUUCGUUAAUAUUAAAAAAUAAUUCCCAUUAUGUAACUACUUCUGUCGCCGCCCUUGCCUUUAUUAAUAAAGAACCAAUCACAAAAAUUUGGAAUGUCUUGAGUCAACUCAAGUUUAUGUCAUCGAGUUCUUUAUUAUCUGGUUAUAAAACAUCGACUGAUGAAAUUGAGACUGUUUUUAUUUUAAAUUCCUAGAAUUGAUCUCAAACAAUGCGCUUUUGUCAUUGAUUCCUUUGAGAAAGUGAACCCAAUUCGAACUAAAUACAUAAAAAAAGUAUUGUGUUAAAGCUAAUUUUCUUGUUUCGUUAAGUUGUUAUUAUUGUUUAAUUGAAAGUAAAGAUUGAUGCUCUUUACGCGGAUUUUUCGUUUGUUGUGAAGUUAAAGUGUAUAAUAUUACAGAUACCGGCAAACUUCUGUAAAAUAUUACAGAUACCGGCAAACUUCUGUAAAGUAUAACAGAUACCACCUCCCCCAGUGAUAUUUAAUAAUCUCUUCUGAGCAUGGGCAAGGACAUUUGUUCAAGAUGUUUGCCGGUAUCUGUGGAUUAGGGUUUAUGUAAGUUUAUUUACCUGGUUUGUAUAUAUAAAAGGACUAGGGGUUACUUUACAAGUGUUUAGAGUAGGUUUUAAUGUAGUUGAGACUAUUCGACAGGCAUGACCUGCUGUAUUAAUUAAAUCACAUUAAUGCAAUGUUUUUUUUUAUUCAUGAACGAAAUUCGAUAGUCGGUCUCGCCUAUCGAAUAGUACGUUAGGUUUUUAACGAGUUGUAAAUAUGUUGUUUUAUGUUUUGAUUUUAGCCGUGAUGUUUGUAUCAACAAAUUAUCUGUGAUAAUACAUUUAUGAAAUAUA